AUGGCGCAGGCUCUGGUCCUGGUGCUCUGCGGCUGGGCGCUGUCCCCUGCGGGCGCGCUGGACGCCAUGGGCCCUCACGCGGCCGUCCGCCUGGCGGAGCUGCUGACCCCGGAGGAGUGCAGCCACUUCCGGACGCUCCUAGAGGCGCCCGAGCCCAACGUGGAGGCCGAGCUGGCCCGGCUUUCCGAGGACCGGCUGGCGCGGCCCGAGCCGCCCACACCCUCGCGGGGGUCUCCGGGGAGGCGAGGCCUAGGGCAGCCGCGGCGGCGGGAGAGAGCCCCGCAGUCCGCGGAGGAGGGGCCGAAGGACGCGCCGACCCAGCCCCGGGAGGCCUCCGACCGCUGUCGGGAGGCGCUGGCGUCCUGGCUGGCCUCCCAGGCCCCCGCCCUGUCUUGGGACCGCGUGGCCCGGGCCCUGCGACGCAGCGGCCGCCCGGACGUGGCGCGAGAGCUGGGCAAAACCCUCCACCAGCAGGCGGCGCUGCAGCUGCGUAGGACCGGGCAGCGCUACCUGCCUCCCGCGGCCCUCGCCCCGGCCCGGGCUCCCGCCCGGACCGCAGCCCCAGCCCUCCGCUCCCGCCGCGCCGCAGGCCCCGCGCCCAAGUGGGACGAACUGGAGCUGAUCGUGGAGCGUCUGCCGCAGCCGCCGUACGAGCGCAGCCCCGCGGGUUGGGCCGGGCCGCUGGCGCUCGGCCUCCUCAGCGGCUUCGUCGGCGCGCUGGGCACCGGGGCGCUGCUCGUCGCGCUCACGCUGUGGACCACUGGCGGCGACGGCGACCCCGCGGGCCCGGCUGCUGGGACACACAGCCGCUCCCGCCCCGGACCCGGCCAGGCAGGCGCUCGCCCCAGUGCCCGCCGCUGUGAACCGCGAGCACCGCUCACGAGGGCUACUUUACGUUUCUAA